AUUUUCCUCCUCUUCUUCUGAUUUUUCAGUGAUUUAUGUUCUUCUUCCUCUUAUCUGAAGAAAAACAAAGACCAAGUAGGUAGUUGUGACUUGUGAGUUGUUAUACUUCACUGCUAAUUGUAAUCACUGAUAUAUUAAAUUUCCCCAUCAAUCUCAAUCAGUGAAACAAAAUCUUUUAACUGGAGUUGAGAAUUUAGUUUGUGUAGUUUUGAGGGUUUCUCUUUUUUGUGCUCUGGAAAUUUGGCAUUUGGGGGUUUAUACAUUGUUCAAGAUAUUGUGAAAUUAACAAGUUUAAUCGAAGAAAGGAGGUGUUUUGAAUUCUGGGUUAGUGUUGGAAUGCGGAAAAAAGAUUGGUUUGUGGAGUGGAUCGGUGAAUCUAUGAAGCUUUAAUGGAAGAGGUGGUGGUGGUGGUCUUUACGGGAUUUUUAUUGUUAACUCACACAUUAUUAUUUCAUGGAGGGAAUAGACUAUAAUAGAUGUCUUGUUUCCUCCAAAUUGAGAUUACAAAACCUGAAUUUAUUUGCAGCUACUAUUAUUUUUGAGAUUGUAUUAUUAUUCAUCUGGUUCGAAGCUGGAAGUGCUGAGUUCCAAAACAACCAAUUUCAAUUGCAAGGCCUUGAAGUUGGAAAGAAAGAGGUUCUCUCACACUCCUGCAUCCAUGAUCAAUUACUCGAACAGAGGCGACGGCCUGGUCGCCAGGAGUACUCAGUUACUCCACAAUUGUAUAAAAAACCUGAUAAAUCAAAACCACUUAACCACAAGGGAAGGGCAUUGCUUGGUUUCUCCCCAUCACCAGAGCUACAGAAAGAUAUCAGACAGCCUAUAAGAAUAUUUCUAAAUUAUGAUGCAGUAGGUCACUCGCCUGACAGAGAUUGCCGAAGUGUUGGAAGCUCUGUCAAGCUCGGGGAGCCUCCUGUUACCUCUCUUCCUGGUACACCUGCUUGCAAUCCACGUGCAGACCCUCCUAUUUUUGGUGACUGCUGGUAUAACUGCACCUUGGAUGACAUAUCUGGGGAGGAUAAGAGGCGUCGCCUUCGCAAGGCUUUAGGAAAGACGGCAGACUGGUUUAAAAGAGCCUUAGCUGUUGAGCCAGUGAAAGGGAACCUGCGCUUGAGCGGAUAUUCUGCCUGCGGUCAAGACGGUGGUGUACAGCUACCACAUGAAUAUGUAGAAGAGGGUGUUUCUGAUGCAGACUUGGUACUCUUGGUAACUACAAGGCCUACUACAGGAAACACACUGGCUUGGGCAGUGGCAUGUGAGCGUGAUCAAUGGGGUCGUGCAAUUGCUGGACAUGUGAAUGUGGCCCCUCGCCAUCUGACAGCUGAAGCAGAGACCCUACUUUCAGCUACUCUUAUACAUGAGGUCAUGCAUGUACUUGGUUUUGAUCCUCACGCCUUUGCACACUUCCGGGACGAGAGGAAAAGGAGGCGUAGCAAGGUCACUGUACAAGUUAUGGAUGAGAGGCUCGGAAGGAUGGUAACUCGUGUUGUGCUUCCACGUGUUGUGAUGCACUCACGAUAUCAUUAUGGGGCGUUUUCUGAGAAUUUCACUGGGUUAGAGCUAGAAGAUGGGGGAGGACGUGGUACAUCCGGAUCUCACUGGGAGAAAAGGCUUCUGAUGAAUGAAAUUAUGACAGGGUCAGUUGAUACCAGAUCAGUAGUUUCUAGGAUGACACUAGCUUUAUUAGAAGAUAGUGGAUGGUACAAGGCUAACUAUAGUAUGGCAGACCAUUUGGAUUGGGGUCGAAACCAAGGGUCAGAAUUUGUUACUCACCCUUGCAAUCACUGGAAGGGAGCAUAUCACUGUAACACCACACAGUUGUCAGGUUGUACGUAUAACAGAGAAGCGGAGGGGUACUGCCCCAUUGUAAGUUAUAGUGGAGACCUUCCUCAAUGGGCUCGAUACUUCCCCCAAGCCAAUAAAGGUGGCCAGUCUUCGUUGGCUGAUUAUUGCACAUAUUUCGUAGCUUAUUCGGAUGGUUCAUGUACAGAUACAAAUAGUGCCCGAGCACCUGAUAGAAUGCUUGGUGAAGUGCGAGGGAGUAGUUCCAGGUGUAUGUCAUCAUCUUUAGUACGAACUGGAUUUGUGCGCGGAUCUACGACUCAGGGAAAUGGUUGCUAUCAGCAUCGUUGUGCAAACAACUCAUUAGAGGUUGCCGUAGAUGGGUCAUGGAAAGUGUGUCCUGAAGCUGGGGGGGCCAUCCAGUUUGCUGGUUUCAAUGGACAACUUAUCUGUCCAGCUUACCAUGAACUUUGUAGUACCGUGCCAGUGCCUGUAUCUGGUCAAUGUUCCAGUUCGUGUAAUUUUAAUGGGGAUUGUAUUGAUGGAAAAUGUCAUUGCUUUCUCGGAUUUCACGGUCAUGACUGUAGUAAACGCUCUUGCCCGGACAAUUGUAAUGGGCAUGGUAAGUGCUUAGCAAGUGGGAUUUGUGAAUGUGAAAAUGGACAUACUGGUGUUGAUUGUUCAACUGCUGUUUGUGAUGAGCAGUGUAGUCUGCAUGGUGGUGUCUGUGACAACGGAGUAUGUGAAUUCCGUUGCUCGGACUAUGCCGGAUACACAUGUCAGAACAGCUCCACACUCCUCCCUAGCCUUUCAAUUUGUAGGGAUGUUCUUGCCAGGGAUGCAGUUGGCCAGCAUUGUGCCCCUAGUGAGUCGAGUAUAUUGCAGCAGUUAGAAGCAGCUGUUGUCAUGCCCAAUUACAACCGAUUGAUCCCUGGUGGUCGCACCAUAUUUAGUAUAUUUGACAACGGCUACUGUGCGGCGGCAGCAAAGCGGUUAGCCUGCUGGAUCUCCAUACAAAAAUGUGACAAGGAUGGAGACAACAGGCUUCGAGUUUGCCACUCAGCAUGUAGAUCAUAUAAUGCAGCAUGCGGAGCAUGCCUUGACUGUUCAGACCAAACUCUUUUUAGUAGUGAGGAGGAAGGGGAGGAGCAGUGCACCGGCUUUGGCGAGAUGAGACCAUGGUGGCUUCGCCGAUUCCGGGGUUUCUACUCCUAGGAACAAUAGCUUUUGUAGGAAAUAUGUAUAGGUCCCUGUAAAUUUUUUUUCUUUUUUGUAAUAUUUUUUAUCUUUUUUGGUAGAGUAUUAAUUGUAGGAAAUGUGUCUUCUUCCACCCUAUCUAGAAAAUCCUUAAACAAGGAUUGGGUGGUGUGUCAGUAAGCUGGGCUUUCAAAGAUGUUAGUCCAAGUUGUCAAAGGUGAAAAAAAAUCCAAGUAACAGAAAAAGAAAGAAAUGAAAGAAUGAAGCUAUGUUUUAAGAUGCUAAUGAAGAGUAAAUGCCUUUGGCCCAAGGCCAUUUUGGCAAAAAUGCAGAUUUGCUGAUCUUGGCAUUGUCUUGUUUUUAUUUUUUCCUCUCAGAAAGUUGUUUACAAGGCUA